AUGGCUGAUGACGAUAAGUCUGAACCUAAGAUGAUGACAAUUUCGGUGAAAACGCCGAAAGAAAAACAAGAUAUUGAAAUCAGUACAGAUACAUCAGUGAAAGAGUUUCGAGAAAUUGUUGCAAAACAAUUUAGUUCUCCUUGUGAACAGUUGUGCUUAAUCUUUGCUGGUAAAAUUCUGAAAGAUGCUGACACACUGGAGCAGCAUGGAAUAAAGGAUGGGUUAACUGUUCAUCUGGUCAUCAAAUCGGCAAACAGGUCACAACAACAGGCAGCAGAGGUGAGCGCUGCAGCGAGUCCAUCAGCACCUUCUCCAGCUGGAGUACAGCCCCCUGCAGGGCAGCCAAACAUUGCUGAAACCCCAUUUGGAGUAGGUGGACUUGGAGGACUGGCAGGCCUUGGUAACCUUGGAAUGGGCUCAGCUAACUUCAUGGAGAUGCAGCAAAGGGUACAGAGAGAGAUGAUGAGUAACCCAGAAAUGCUACGUAAUAUGAUGGACAAUCCAUUUGUCCAGCAGCUCAUGUCGAACCCUGAUGUGAUGAGACAGAUGAUCACCACCAACCCACAGAUGAGGGAGCUGAUGGAGAGAAAUCCAGAAAUUACACAUAUGUUGAACAAUCCAGAUUUGAUGCGGCAGACAAUGGAAUUGGCACGGAACCCUGCCAUGCUUCAGGAGCUAAUGAGAUCACAAGACCGUGCCAUGAGUAAUCUAGAGAGUAUUCCCGGUGGUUUUAAUGCUCUACAGAGAAUGUACCAUGAUAUUCAGGAACCGAUGAUGAACGCAGCACAGGAAGGUUUUGGGAGCAGGAAUCCCUUUGCUUCACUUGUCCCUGGAGAGUCAUCAGGAGCAAACACCAAUGCAGAUGGUCAACAAGGUAGGGAAAACACAGAUCCAUUGCCCAACCCCUGGGCUCCUCAGUCCCCCAGUGCCACCACCACAUCUGGAACCACAGGCACCUCCAGCACCACUACACCAUCUAGGGGAAUGUUUGAGACGCCAGGGAUGCAGAGUUUGAUGCAGCAAAUGACACAGAACCCACAGUUAAUAGAAAACAUGCUACAGGCACCUUACAUGCAGUCGAUGAUGGAGAGCAUGGCUGCCAACCCAGACAUGGCACAACAGAUGCUGAGUGCUCACCCUAUGUUGGCUGGUAAUCCUCAGCUUCAGGAACAGAUGAGGCAGCACAUGCCUGCCAUGAUGCAGCAGAUGCAGAAUCCUGAUAUCCAAAGAGUGAUGACCAAUCCUAGAGCAUUGGAGGCUAUGAUGCAAGUACAGUCAGGCUUACAGCAGCUACAGUCUGAAGCUCCAGGUCUCUUCCCUCAAUUGAAUCCAGCAAUGGCUCUUGGUGUGCCGACUACCUCUUCUCCUGCAACACCUGGCACCACAGACUCCCCAACAACUACUACUUCUUCUCCCUCAGGCGGUGCCACCUCCACUACGAACUCAACAACCUCCACCACCACAGCGGCAGGUACCACCCCUAGUACGGGGACCACACCUGCAGCCAGUCAAGAACAACUUACAAAUCUGAUGUCACAUAUGAUGCAGAUGAUGUCACAGGGCAAUGUCAAUCAGCCACCUGAACAGAGGUAUGCAUCACAGCUUGAUCAGUUAGCCAUGAUGGGUUUUGUAGACCGAGAGGCUAAUAUUCGAGCAUUACAAGCUACGUUAGGAGAUGUGAAUGCGGCAGUGGAACGAUUACUGCAACGAUGAUAAUAAGCAAAAUACACGAAAAAAGACAUUAUUUUAUGUGGUUACAGAUACAGACACAACAAACCUGGUUAUUGACAAAGUGUUUCACGACUUCAGAACAUCUCAGAAACUUUCAGAACGGUGGACUGCAUUCUAGACUACAGCAAUCAGCAUUGUACAUUCGCAAUCACAUUAUGCAUGUGCAUUGCCAAUUUUCAAUAUAGAGUUGGAACAGCUGAACAAGCAAUUUGAUAAACAGAAAUGUGGUUGAACCUUGUAGUCUGUUGAAUUAACAAUUGGUUUUUCUUUGUGAUGAUUUUCUAGAUAAAAACCUAGGGUUGAAUUUAACAGUCUUUUUGAAAUAAUUCUUCAACGUAGUAUUAGUGCCUAGUUCAGCUGUUACAACGGAGUAAAUGAAAAGAAUCCACCUUUUCCGAGUAUAUUCCGAGAUUAUUCAUGAUCUUUUUUCUCCAAUUCAAACAUAAAUUAGUAAUUUAAUAUUUAGAUGAUGUGAAUUACAAAGUCUUGAAAAGAAACCAUUGCAUCUUUAAUAGUGUUUCUAGAAUAUUUCUCAACCUUUUUUUCCACAGUAUGAUUUUUUGAUGUGUAAUUGACAAUAUUACAACAUGUAAGAUUUAAAGCUGUCUAAAUUAGCUGUUGCUUUCGGAAUAAUUUUUUGAUGUUGUAGAGAAGCGUUUUUAAUCAUUUGAGAAGAACAAUUUUAUUUACAAAAGCUGUAAAAAGAAGUUAAAAUGUGAACAGUAUCUAAAAAAAUUAUAUUGCAAAUGCCGAUUACCCAACACAAUAAUAUACUUGUUUGUAUGUUUAAUGGAUUCAGUGGAGUUUUUUUCUUUGGUUUUUCUUCUUUUUGCAAAAAAAAAUUCCGAAUUUCAGAAAAAGGACACCUGACCAAGCAAGAGCCCAACAAAUGAUAAUGUCUCUUUGAUACUAUAUUUGCUUUUACUGGUAUUGAAUACAAAAGCUACUUUUGGUACUUAUCUCUUAAAUGUAUUAUAGCCUUUUAAAGAAAACCUUGAUUUUCAGUUUGUUGGAAUGAAGACAUUACUGUUGAUCAAGAUUUGCCCAUAUUGAUGACGUUGUAUUGAUAUUGUAUUGGUGCAAACUUGACAGGUGGUAUGUAUAAUGUGAAGUUAAAUUUGUUGCGGACACAUGUACUUCAUCUUUAUUACAGUUCUAUUGUAGUUUUGAAAACCUCACAAUUUUUAAGUAUAUGUAUACAAUGAAAGUUGAUCAAAAUUUGGUCCUUGAUAAAUGGGUGUUUGAUAUCUUCAGUUAACAGUCCCAUAAAAAAUCAAAACUUGAUUUGCGUCUCAAAAUAAAAGUUUGAAAUUUAUUUUUCAAUGUUUCAUUCGGCCAAGUUAAUAACAUCAAUUCACUGCUUGCUAAAUUUGACACCAUCCCAUCCUGUACCUUGGUUUAUACCUGGCAUUCGUUGACUGUUUAACACUUUACCGAACACUAACAAUUUUCUUUUUACAUUUAUUUACUCAAGUAGUUGACAUGUUGUAUUAUAUAAUUAUAACUAUAACAGUUUGGUUUUUGCCCGUUUCUAAAUUUUUCCUAGUUUCUGCCCUAACUUUUUUGAAGGAACUUCUCUUCAAUGGCAAAAACAUGACUUGGUUGAAAUUGAAUAUAGCACUUUUGACAGCAAAUGACAAAAUUUGUGCAUUGCAAAAUAAACUAUUUAUACAGUGUAUUAACUCCAAUGUAGAUUUACUGUAGUCAAUAUAUUAUUUGAAGUUGAAAGUCAGUCAAUACUUUGUUAUAUGAUCAGAAAUAACAACUGUUUGUUAAAUUCCAUGGUUUUGAAAUUAAAGAACGAAAUCUGUAUUUAUUGGGGAAAAAAAAAAAAAAUUAUACAUUCACAUUUUAGUGGUAGUCCAUUGUAAUUUCUGUUUUUUUUUUCACUGGGUUUUCUUCACCUGACUUGUUUGUCAACUUUCUUUUGGAACUACAAGUUCUCCAUUUAUUUUUACCUUAUUUUUUUAAACUUUAAAUCAUUAAUAUUUCAACAAAAAUAUGAAAUGUCACUGGACUUUGAUUUCAUUUUCUUUUAUGAAAUAUGUUUUCAUUAUUUUGAAGAGUACUUUUUGUUAAGAUAUAUAGAUAGGAAGCUUGAAUAUAGGAUGCAGUCACUGAAUGUGAAAGACGAUUGAUCUUUUUCAGUGUCUAUAUUCCACACCAUUUCACCAAAUUUUAUUUUUACACCAUUUCAUUUGAAUUAAAUGAAGAAAAACAAUACAUGAUGAAAAGAGUAUUAUAUUUCUUUUGCAUUGUAUAGCUAAUACUAUAACAAUAAUUAUAUACAGAAUAAAAAAACAGGUGAUGACUUAGGAAUACACUUCAUUGCUAUGUGAAUAUAUCACAGGCAGGUGUACUUUUUGUGUUGUAUGAUAUUUGUUUUGUUCAUUAUAUUACAUGUUCAUCUGUAUUCAGUCGGUGUUAUACACUAUUAGUCCUUCUGGUCAAAUCUUUUCUUGUUUAAAGCUCACUAUAUUUAAUUUGGUGAGAAAAAGACAGAUUUCUUUGGUGACCUCUUGAGUCCGGUUAAAGCUAUUCCAGUCAAAUAUCUAUCCCACCUCAGGACUACUGGGGUACUACCCAUGUAAUUCAGUUGAUAAUUUGCUUACAAGUGAUAGGUAGGAAACAGACAUGAUGAAAGUGAUUUAUUUUUGGAGUCCUUUGGUCAAGUAGAUGUUUUACUGAAAUAGGCCUCAGUCCUUUGGGUGAAUUCCUUUCCUUUUAGAAUGCAACAUCUUAUUUCAUUUUAUUUUCUGCUUGCUGGUGUUGUGAGAUAUAUAUCAAAAUGUAUAAAUAUGUGCCAUGAAAUCGUUAAUGCCAUGGUAAUACAGAAUUUUUUUUUCUGUUUGAAAUAUGGUUAAUGGUCACUCAUGUAUGUUAAAGCACCUUUUGUACUGUUAUCAGGGCAUUCUAUUUUCUCCGUCAACAUAUCAUUGGUGCAGUAUUUGAUGUUUACUUUUAAACCUUCAGCAGAAAUGGGUUAAUCAUGUUGGGCUACAAUAGUCUACACGAUCUGGAUAAACACUGGUUGAAAUUUUGAUACUAGCAGUAUUUCAUUUUUAUGAUCAAUAGGUUUUUGUGAUCAGCUGCAUCAGAAAUUAUUUGAGGAAGUGUGCCAGAAAACCACAAGUAAACACAGCCAUCAGGAUAGGUGUGAUGUUUUUCGUAUUUGUUUUGUGGUAAAUCGUGUCAUGGUUAACCUUUCAUUGUGUAAACUUUGCCUUGUUUAUUUCAUUUUAUUUCAAAAUUUUGUAAAUCUUUUUUCAGCUGUUGUGUACUUUAGUCCAUGAUAUUUUUGUCCAAGUUUACAAAUCUUGUUGGAAAGUUCAGUGAUUUAGUCAAACAUCAGAAUUAAGAUUUACUGUAAAGAGGUGAAAUCUAUUGACUCGCCAUAGUUUCUGGUUUAUCUCCAAAGUGAUAUGUUGAUCUGUGUACAUAAAUUGAUCCCUUGAUUUUGUGUAUAGUAAGUUAAUACAUUGUCACAGCAUAGCCUUUAAUGAAUUAACAAAUUAAUUCUAUUAGACUUUUAAUUUAUUGUUUUUUGUUUUUUUCCUACAGAAGUUUUUUUUUAUGUUUGGGUUUAGGUAUGGAAAACUCUAAAAAGUGUUCAAAAAUUUGUUGCUUCUAAAAUUUCAGUCAUCUGUGUUAAUCAGUUCAAAUUUGUAAUAUGGCACUUAUUUGGAAAAUACAUUCUAGCUAACUUUUCAAACAGUAAUUUAAUAUUGUAUAUUAAAUACCUGCUUUGUAUAUUGACCAGUUCUGAGUGAACAACUUGCUAUACAUGGUGAGUGUUCAAUCAUCCUGAUGGGUUCAUCAUUGUAACCUUUGCCAGCUUAUUCUAGAAAUUCAGUGCAUGUUUGAAACAUGUUCUUAUACUUGUAACAAUGAUGAUAAAUUGACAAAUGGUAAUAUUACAAAA